AUGCAGACUAUUAAAUGCGUUGUAGUUGGCGAUGGUGCUGUCGGUAAAACAUGUCUUCUAAUUAGCUACACAACAAACAAGUUUCCAUCAGAAUAUGUGCCAACAGUGUUUGACAAUUAUGCAGUAACUGUUAUGAUUGGUGGAGAACCAUACACCUUAGGACUCUUUGAUACUGCAGGCCAGGAAGAUUAUGAUAGACUAAGACCUCUGAGUUAUCCACAAACAGAUGUUUUCCUUGUAUGCUUCAGUGUGGUGAGCCCGAGUUCUUUCGAAAAUGUGAAGGAAAAGUGGGUACCAGAAAUAACUCAUCAUCAGCAGAAGACUCCAUUUUUGCUUGUGGGAACACAAAUUGAUUUACGAGAUGAUUCAGCUACUAUGGAAAAGCUUGCUAAAAUAAAACAAAAGCCAGUCUCCCUUGAACAAGGAGAGAAACUCGCUAAGGAACUAAAGGCUGUCAAAUAUGUGGAAUGCUCAGCUCUUACUCAGAAAGGGCUGAAGAAUGUUUUUGAUGAAGCUAUAUUAGCGGCCUUGGAACCUCCAGAACCACCAAAGAAAAAGGGGUGCAGGAUUCUUUAA